UCGCUUCAUACAUAAAUUUCCCGCCAACUUUGUUUACCUUUCAUUAUUGUGUACAUCCUACCAGACCAUUGAACAUAAAACAAGAGAAGUGUCCGUACCAAGCGUUGUCAUAACUGGUUUAAGAUUAUAUGAAAGUAUUAUUGAUGAUUAGCAAGCACUGAAACUAACUGUCCAGAUAACAAACACGGCUAAGGAAUGUCUGCAAUUGUCCAGAGAAAAUUAGAAUUUCCCAUCAGAAAGUCAACUCGUCUUAGAAGUUCUAAAGAUGCAGAUAGUCAAGAAAAUUCAGUGAAACCAGAGUCCCCAAGAAAAAGAACAAAAGAAGAAAACAGUGACAAGAAUUUACAGUGUUCUCCAAGUAAACAAAAGAAAGGACAAAGAACAACAAGACAACAGACACCAUCAACUGACAGAAGUGCUAAGACAUCAAGCACCAGACAGAGAGCAGAAACACCAACAACUGGGAGACGUUGUAAAGUUGAAACACCAAGUAGGAAAAGUGCCAGACAGAGAAAUGCUGAGACACCAAUCAGGGGCAAAAAUGGCUUGUCAGACAAAGUUGAAACAAAGACCAAGCUUAAGCUGAAGAAAAAAGAGACAAAUGAUAAAAUUAACACAGAUAUGUGGGAACUUAUAUCUACAUCCUCAAGUGAUGAUGAGAAUUCAGGUCUGACUUCUACAAAGCCUAAAGGUCAAAGAGAAGUCGUUGCUGAAAAUAAAAUUACUGAAAAGUUCCCUUUCUCACCAAAGAAAACUGUGGAACACUUUCGAUCACCAGAAGGAAAAGGGUUACCCUCACCAAGCAUUGUACCACAACAAGUUAUUAUAUCACCCGAGUACCCACCAUCUCCUAAAAAACAUUUAUUAUCACCAAGGGGAUCAGAUCAUCCCCUGUCACCAAGGAAAGACUUGUCGUUAGACCACUUCUAUUCUCCAAGGAGAAAUAUCCUGUCACCUAAGAAGUCAGAUUUCUUACUUUCUCCACGGAAAGUAAUGUCUCCUACCAGAACCGAGAACCAGUUCUCAUCUCGUAAUUUAUUGAUGUCACCUGGUACAAUGAUGAGUAAUCUGAAGCUGUCAUCUCCGGUACGAAUACCUCUGUCGCCAAGGAAGAUGGAUUACAACAUAAUGCCAUCACCAGGAAAAACAAAUAAGGGUGGUCUGUCAUUGAUCUCCCAGGGUUCACCAGUCAAGUCCCUGUUCUCACCAAACAAUUCACUCAAGUUAGAGAAACAGGAAGCACAUGCAUACCACUUAGCUAAACAGUCAUUUCAUACAGCCAAACCAGACCGUAUUGUAGGUAGAGAAGUAGAGACUGAGACUGUAAACCAGUUUGUCAGAGGUCAUGUGACAAAGAAAACAGGUGGAAGUUUAUACAUAUCUGGAGCACCAGGAACAGGGAAAACAGCUGUUCUUACCCAUAUACUGGAUAAUGUUAGAGCUGCUCAUAGCUGUAAAUCAGUAUAUUUAAACUGUAUGACAUUGAGAGACUCUGCAACAGUGUAUGGUAAAUUAUAUACAGAUCUAACAGGAAAGUCACCACCAUCAGCUAAAGACAGACUACGUGCAGUUGAGAAAUACCUCACCACAGCUGGACCAAGCAUAAUUAUGGUUUUGGACGAGAUUGAUCAACUGGACAGUAAAAAUCAAGAAAUACUAUACACAAUCUUUGAGUGGCCAUCAUUACAGAAAUCUAGACUAGUACUGAUUGGGAUAGCUAAUGCCUUAGAUCUAACAGAUAGAAUAUUACCAAGGUUACAGGCUAGGCCCAACUGUAAACCUCAACUCUUAAACUUUGCUCCUUACAGUAAAGACCAGAUUGCAAAUAUUAUUAAAGAUAGAUUAAAAAAGAUAGAGGAGCAGGGUUUGGCAGUUAUGGAACCAAGUGCCAUUCAGUUCUGUGCCCGUAAGAUAUCAGCUGUGGCUGGGGACAUGAGGAAGGCUCUUGAUGUAUGUCGCCGUGCUGUAGAAAUGGUGGAACAUGAGGUAAAGACACAGAAGGUGUUAUCUAGUCCUACAAAACGACCUCCAGCAGUCCCUAAGAAGAUAGGUGUGGUCCAGAUCAACAAAGUGUUAUCAGAGGUCUAUGGCUCUAGUUCUGUAUCCAACAGUCAAGAUAGCAUUCCACUACAACAGAAACUUAUAGUUUGUACUCUGCUGCUGAUGGUGAAUAAAGGCAAGAUGAAGGAGGUCACAAUGGGCAAGGUCCAUGAUACAUACAGUAAGAUAUGUAAGAAGAGACAGAUGGCAACAGUUGAUUACACAGAAUACCAGGGCAUUUGUAAUCUGCUGGAAACAAGAGGAAUUAUGGGUAUUAAGAAAAUUAAAGAUGGACGUCUAGCAAAGAUUGUGUUGAAACUUGAUGAAAGAGAACUGGAACAUACGUUACAAGAUAAAGUUUUGAUGUCAUCUAUAAUGAAAGAUGGACUACCAUGAUAUAUCUUAUAAUGCAAUGUGAUGUACAGAAUGUCCACAAUGAUAUUGUCAAAAAAUAUUUCAUAGAGGAAUCGGCUUCAUGGAAGAAAAUCUAUGGUAGAAGUUCUCUGAACAGGAGCUUUUAUAAUUCUUAUUUAGUCAUUAUUGAAAAAAAAUGUCAAAAAAAUGGUACAAAAAUAUUUACCAAAAAAUCUAAAAAAUUUCAAACUAAAUAAAAUAAUAGUUGAAAGUAGCAGUUGAAAUGCAAGACACUUGAUGCAUGUGUAAUGUUUACUUAUGUUCCAAAAUAUUUAAGAAUUUUUUUUUAUGGAUGUAGAAUUCCUUAUGCUUACAACAAUGUACAAUUGCAUUUUACUUUAGAUUAUAAAGUUCACUCCAUUUUAUAACUUACAAUUUUUCAAAAAUGCUAGUCUAGCAAAUAUGUAAAAUGUGAGUUGUUAUAAGGUUGCAAUCAUUUGUGGAAUAUUAUAGUACAAUCCUUUUUUUACACUAUUAAAAAUGAUACGAGAGAAAAGUGUAGUUUGUACAAUUAGUACAGUUCCAUUUUUGAAUAUCCAAUUUUAAGGAAAAGGUGCAAAUGCUUAAAAUCUGGGUCAUAUUUUUGUUAAGUAUUAUAUGAAACAUUUCAUGGCAUGCUGGUAUUGGGAUAUUUCACUUUCUAUUCAAUGUCUGAAGAUUUGAAAAACUUCAAUACAAAAUCAGAAGAUAUUGUUAAAAAUCCAUCUGCUUCCAUGACAUACUGAAUACCUUUCACAUGCCAGAAUUGGGGGCAAACGAAGGGCCAAAAACAAGCAUUUUUCUAGUUUCCAAACAAUAACUUUUGUUUAUUAUGUGCUUAUAUUUAUGACCAGAUCUUUUGUUUUAGACUCAUUUUUGUUCUUCAUUUGAUAGCUAGUAUAUUUGUUUCAAAGUGAGUUUAAUUGGAUAGUACUUAUUUGGUUGAAAAUGAUACUAUUGACAUGUGUUUUUGUCUAAAGUUCAUGAAAAAUAAUCAUUAAUUUAUUGCCAGGAGAAGAAGAAAAAAACCCACUUUAUUGUGUGUUUGAAUAUUUAUUUGAAAUGAAUGUAAUUUUAAAGGAAAAGAUUGAUUUAUGUGCAAGUGUUUUUGUGAGAAAAGAAUUGUGUAUUUGAAUUUAUUUAAGUAUGACUUGAAAAUGUAGUACAUGUUAUUUAAAGAUUGUCAAUUUUGAAAAUGAUUGCUUUUCCAUAAAAUGGACGUAGUAUUUUGAAUAAAUAUGUGUAUUGUUUGAAUAGAAAAUAAGUGAACAUGACUGUUUGAUUGAAGUAUAGAAGCUUACCAUAAGAAAAGAUUAUUUGUGAAAUAACUUGUAUUAAAAUUUGAUUUUGUAAUACUUGAUAAUAAUAGUGAUACUGUGUGAUUGAAUUGUAUACUUAUAUAUUGUAUGCAAGGAAUUAAACAAUUCUUAUAAUAGAUUGAUAUAAUUAUUUCAAGUUUAAUAUUAAUAUUUUGUCUAAAGAUGCAUGUUAUUUUUACCACCGCUAACCAGAAUAUUGAUUCAGAGGGCAUGACAAAAGUUUUUGUAGAAAUUCCUUUCCCUUAUUUUAUGAUUUUCCAUCUGUACCUUAUACUUGAAAGGGUUGAUUCAUUUAUUAAAAAUUGUGAUUUAGGAUUACUGUUGUCACUCUCUCAACUUGUUGAAAAACUCUGGACAUCAAAUAAUACUUUUAAGACCUACUCUGACAAAUGUAAAAAUAAACUAUAAAUUUAUACCUUGUGAUUUUUUUUAUUUAAAGUUCAUAUUAUUAUGUAAAUGAAGUUUUCAGUUUUCUGCAAUUGUUGUAACUUCCAACAAACAAAUACAUCUAAACAGUAUAAAGCUAAGUUCAAUUGUAAAUGUACCAAUUUUGUUUUAAGGCUGCUGUUGAUUUUUGGAUUAUAAGUAAAGGCAAUAUGUUAAAAUUGCCUCAUGAAAUUCAGAGUCUGUGUGUAUUUUUCAAUGAACCAAUUUGUUUUUUCAGGACUUCCUGAAAUUUCUUAAAAUAAAAGACAAUAAUUUAAGUUUUUGUAUGUCUGAUCGUUCCAUUUUUACAAAGACUGGAAUCAGUUUUUCUAUUUUCUAUAUAAUGUAAUUUUUAAAUUGAAUGUAAUUUUUAUUAAUCAAUUUUUAUGUUUAAUCAAGUGAAUUGUUAAAAUAAAAUUGUUGAAUUAA